AUGGCGGGAGUGCAGCGCGUGCUCGUGCACGUGCGGUGCGGGGGCGCGGCGGGACCCGCGCGGUUCGGGCAGAGCGUCACCGGCGCGUUCUGCCCCGCGGGCGCGGAUGUCGCCGUGGUGAGCUGCGGGCUGGACCGCGGCCGUUUCCUCCUCUCGGAUGAGCCUUUCCCCGGGUCUACCCGCGCCCUCCUCAAGCGACCCUCGUUCUGCCCCGCCAAGCGCCUGGAGGAGCGGCCAGACCUGGCUCUGCCCCGCGAGCUGCGGGGCCAGGGGGUGGCCGCGGGGGUGGCCGUGCUGCUGCAGUCCAGCACCGGCCGCAUCCUGCUCACCCGCCGCGCCAGCACCCUCAGCAUCUUCCCCAACGUCUGGGUUCCACCCGGUGGGCACGUGGAGCCGGAUGAAGAGCUGCUGGCCGUGGGGCUGCGGGAGCUGCAGGAGGAGACGGGGCUGCGCCUGGACGCAGGGACCUUCUCCUGGAGGAUGCUCGGCCUGUGGGAGUCCAUCUACCCGCCCCUGCUGAGCCGGGGGCUGCCGCGACGCCACCACAUCGUCGCCUACCUGCUGCUGCUCUGCGCCGAGUCCCACCAGCGGCUGGAGGCCAGGAUGUGUCCCAGCCAGAGCGAGGUGAGCGCCUGGGCCUGGCUGGAGCCUCCUCUCCUGGAGGCCAUCGCGGCCACAGAGGACGGAGCCGAGGCCUUGGGCAGCGUCCCCAGCGCGCUGCCGCCCCGUGUCAGCGUCACGGAGCUGCGCAGCGGCUGCCCCAGCACCACGCGGCUGCCCAGCGCCGCCUUCCUGGCCCCGGCCCCGGCGCACGGCCACGACGUCGAGCGCGUCAGCACCGGCACCAAAUUUGCUCUUAGGCUCUGGCUGCAGGGGCAGGGGGAGCAGGGCUGAGCUCAGCCCCCAGGCCAGCCCCAGCCCGUGCCCCACAGCGCCAGGAAGGGAAUAAAGCGACUGCCCAGAGCCGGUGUUGGCGUGGGGACGGGCGAGGGGCCGGUGGGGCGGCAGCACUGGCACCGGGGCGCUGGCACCAGGCACCAGCUGGGGGGGUUUGGCUUAGGGUGAGCUCUGAAUGGCCGCAAGGGGUGAGGCAGCUCUGGCUCCUGCACACGGGCCCUGGCUGCCCCCUCUGGCAGGAACAGGCAGAUCCUCAGCACUUCCCACCUUUAUUGCAUGGAGACGUUUCCCUGUGGUUACAAACACCGGCCUGAAGGCAGAAUCCCGGGCACUGCUGCCCCCUCCUGAGCCAGCAGCACCCUGGCUGGCAAUGCCAGGGACAAAACAGCCCCAAAAAGGUGCUGAAAGAAGCCCAAGUGCUCCAGGUGGUGCCUCUGGGCCAGAGCCUGGGGGUCCUCACUUAAAUAGAUAAGUUACUUGUGCAAGGUUCCGCGGGCUGAGCCUGGGGAGGGGCCGAGGCUUUGGAGCCUCCCUGUGUACAAAAGCU